AAAAAGUAACAUUCCCCCCAGCUUUUCCCAUGUGAAGAAUCAGCCUCUAUCCCUGCUGUCAUGUUCAGUGAGUGAUGCAGCGACUCCUCCCCCCUCAGGUAGACUCCAUCAGAUAUCUCCUUCCUUCACUCCUAUCCUGCUUCACUUGGAGACACCCUCUCUGUCUGGCAGCUCUGACUUCAGAUAAUAAAGGGGGGGGGGUAUCUUUUUUUAGGACCCGUGCUGAGAUGCCCGAGUCUCCUCUCAGUCCCUCGGCAGCCCGUCAAACCCCAGCCAGCAGCCUCCUCAGCCACGCAGACGUCGGAGCAGGAGAGAAAGCAGCUAAUGGGGACUCCAGCAGCAGACUGAGGGCGCAGAACUGCCAGAGCCUCCUCCACAAGCAGGUCUUCCUGGCCAUGACGGCCCCUCAGCAGCUGCAGCAGCUCCUGUCUCCCAGCCAGCUGCAGGCUCUGGUGCACCACAAGCAGCAAGCCCUGCUGCUCCAGCAGCAACACCUGAAGGAAUUUUACCAGCAGCAGCAGCAGCAGCAGCUUCAACAGCAGUCCAGCAAGAAAGUCAAAGAGCUUCCGGCUCGGCAGCUCGUGUUCCAGCAGCUCCUCCAGGAGCAGAAACCAGCCGCCUCCUCAGGCUAUUUAAGCCCCGCAGAGAUGCAGCAGCUGUGGAAAGAGCUCAAAUCUGCUCUACCUGACACCGGCGCGGCAGCGAAGGGGACUCAGAAGAUAUCGACACAGGUCAAGCUGACCAGCGAGCGGCUGUCUGAGUCUCCUGAUAACGGUGCGAACGGGGAUGCGGCUCCUGCAGGCGUCCUCUUCGGACACGGGGUUUGUAACUGGCCUGGUUGUGAGUCUGUCUGCGAAAACGUCAACCAGUUCAUCAGGCAUAUGAGCAGUGAACACACUCUGGAUGACAGGAGUACCGCUCAAUGCCGAGUCCAGAUGCAAGUGGUCCAGCAGCUUGAGCUGCAGCUCUGCAAAGAACGGGAACGUCUGCACGCGAUGAUGGCUCACCUCCACCUGCCUUCCUCGCGCGCUCAGUCGCCGAAAUCCGAUGCGGCCGCAGACCUUCGCGGCCCCCAGCUCCGUCCGGCAGCUCUCGCCAACAAAGUGGCCCCUCAGAGACGCCAGAACGCCGGCCAGGGGACCCCCCAACCUCUGAGCAGCGCCAGCCCUCCACCCCAAGGCAGCGAGGAAGAGGAGCCCCUGUUCACCUACUCCAUGGGGGCCACGAGACGUCGUCAUCACCCUCUGGUGUUCUCUCUGUCUUCAGAAAAUGAAUAUGAGCUUUACAAGAACGCUGAAAUCAGACCACCCUUCACCUAUGCAGCCCUGAUCCGACAGGCUAUCAUAGAAGCCUCCGACAUGCAGCUGACGCUCAAUGAGAUUUAUAACUGGUUCACCAGGACGUUUGCAUAUUUCCGACGCAACGCCGCCACCUGGAAGAACGCGGUCCGCCACAACCUGAGCCUGCACAAGUGCUUUGUGCGCGUGGAGAACGUGAAAGGGGCCGUGUGGACGGUGGAUGAGGAGGAGUACCAGAGGAGGAGGUCUCAGAAGAUGGCAGGGAGUCCGUCACUGAUGAAAAACGUCUGCUCCAGUCUCGCUUUGGGCACCGCUCUGCACUCCACCUUCCAGGCUGCACUGGCACAGGCCUCUCUGCCGGGGCUCAGGAAGGAGAGCGUGAGCAGAACCCUUGGAGCUGACGUCAAGAGCAGCAGGAAACAAAACGUGUCUUCUCAAGUCCAGCAGCAACUUUACUUCGAAGAGGUGGAGCUGAAAGCUAACGAUGAAGAGGCCCAUCUGGCGAAACUCAAACCAGUCAGUCUGCAGCACCACAUUCAUGGAAACAACGAGGAGCUUUUAUUCGACCUCGAAUGACCCGCUACCUGUGUUGUUCAGCCCUGCCAGCUCAAUGAUAAAACACGCAUCAGCCAGGCACGCUUCCUUUGAGCAUCCAGGGAUGCUGUCCAUGCGGUUGGCAGUAACACGCCACUACUGCGACUUCAUGUUGGUGUUUAAUUUGAAGAGCAGUCAGAAAAGAAAUGCCGUCCCUUACAUAAGUGUCCAUACCUUUUGAUCUUCUCCGCAUCCUGCUCUGUUUGGAGCCUCAUGCAAAUUUCGUUGCAUGAAUGCAAUGGUUUAACAUGGAGUUAACCCAUUCAAUCCUAAUAUAAAUGCAUGACCCUGAUGUCACGCCAUUACAUGAUGGUGUAUGAUUUCUUCAGGGCCAUGUGCAGUUUUCUGCCACACGUUGAUUUGGUUGUAGCUCCAAAAUCUGACCAGAGCAGAAUCUACUACACGUUUGCUUGCACGGCUAAAACAAAACUUCUUCCAGCUUUCGUUCACCAGUCAGAUAUUCCCACUUGAGUUGUGGAUCUGUGAAGCUCCCCCAGAGUUACCUAGGGCCUUUUUGGUUGCCUCUCUCACUAAUGCUCUCCUCAGUUAAGGUAAAUGGUCUUGGUAGUUUUAGAGUUGAGCUAAAGUCUUUCCAUUUUCAGCCCAUGGAUGGAUCAGUGCUUUGUCAGGUGUUUAACGUGUGCUGUUUAGUUUUAAAGCCCGUCUCCGCCGUGCUACAUUAGUCUUGAUGAUGAUGCCGUCUGUUCAUCUCUGUUCUCUGACAAACCAAUCAGGCCUUCAUGAAAGAGCUGAAUUCAUACAGAGACUAAACUGCACACAGGUGGACCCUCUUUGCAGAUUUGGUGAUCUCAGAAGGCAAUUAGAUACACAGGAUUUUUUUUUAGGAGAAUUAAAGUCAGAGUAAUGCACUAUUGGUUGGUCUAUCUCAGAAAAUCCCAAUAAAACACAAUGAAGGCCAUGGUUGUAUCAUGAGGAAAUAGGGAGAUGUUCAGAAGGUGUAUGAAUACUUUGGCAACGCUGUCUAAGAGCAAUAGAUCAAAGAUGUUUACCUUUGGGGAAUGCUAGUUUAAAUGUAAGUGAUGGAUAUUUUAUGGCUCAUGUAAUAAUUUAAUCUAUAGGUCUUCGUGUCAACAGCUAAACGUACAAACCUGGCGCUGGGUUUGUUACAGACAUCCAGCAAUAUCACUGUCAGCAAGUGAUAUUAAUGUGCAGCACUCUACAAUCUGCACAUUAUUAAUCUGCGACUGCUCCCAUUGAAUCCGUCUGGGGAACCGAGGGACAUUCAGCAGAACUCUCUGAGCUGAUUGGGCGAAGCGACAGCUUGUGCCCACCCACCAACGGUUGGUUUUAGCCAA